AGAACUUCAUCUCGAGCGUAGAACGCUGACCAAUCGCAGCGUGUGGAUUCAAGCGAGGGCGGUGCAAAAAUGGGUGUGUUUCUUUUCUCCUCGUGUCCGAAAACGGGUGUUGAAAAAAAAAUAUUUGCAGAGCGCCGCGGACGGUUCGUGUGUUCCCACAAUGCAUCGCGUCUCAGCGGGAAACCAAAAUGGCGAGGCUGAAGAGAGAAAAACACUCGGUGGGGUAUUUUAAAAAUCCGUAAGGAGCCUCGAGUUAGUAAGAGAAACCCGGCGGGAUCGACGGAGCUGACAAACCCUGUGGGUGUGACGGUUUUUCCUGUUAAUGCAUCAUUCUAAGCGCGGGAAUUGGCCGAAUGAGAGACUCAACGUUCGUACACAGUUCGAGCUCCCAUCGCCAGUCUCCGUCCCAUCAUCAAGACGAGUCUCCCGUGUCCUUGUCCAAACUCUCGCUCAGAAAUGGGCAGGGCGGCACGGAGAAGCUCGCAAAUAAGUUUGAGGAAGGCCAGGAUGUUCUAGCUCGCUGGUCCGAUGGCCUGUUUUAUUUGGGGACAAUCACGAAGAUAAACAAACAAAAGCGUUGCUGUUUUGUGGUUUUUGAAGAUCAGUCGAAAUCUUGGGUUCUUUGGAAGGACAUUCAGACGGGGGACAGUGGAGAGGAAAUGCUCUGCACCAUAUGCCAGAAUGAAAGCUCAGAACCGCCCAAUGAAAUAGUCAUCUGUGACAAAUGUGGACAAGGGUACCACCAGCUGUGCCACGCGCCCAUCAUCGAUCCCAGCGUGAUUGAGUCGGACGAUAAAUGGCUCUGUCGCGACUGCGUAUUUGCCACAACAACAAAGAGAGGCGGUGCGCUGAAGAAAGGGCCGAACGCCAAAGCGCUGCAAGAGAUGAAGCAAUCUUUACCGUAUUCCUUGGAAGAGCUGGUGUGGGACCAGGGCCAUAAAACCAACAUCCAGCAGUGCUACUGUUACUGUGGAGGGCCUGGAGAGUGGUAUCUGAAAAUGCUGCAGUGUAACAGAUGUAAGCAGUGGUUUCACGAAGCGUGCAUUCAGUGUUUACAGAAACCCAUGCUCAACGGAGACAGGUUUUAUCAGUUUUUUUGUUCAGUUUGCAGUAGUGGACCUGAGUACCUCAAACGACUGCCUCUGAGAUGGGUAGAUGUUGCACACCUAAGCCUCUACAACCUGAGUGUUAUUCACAAAAAGAAAUACUUCGACUCCGAACUCGAGCUCAUGGCUUUUAUUAACGAGAACUGGGACCGGCUUCAGCUCGGCGAGCUCACGGACGUCCCCAGGUCGGAGCGAUACGAACGAAUUCUGGAAGCACUUAAUAGCAACCCGACCAUGUUCAUGUCCGGGAAGGAGAUCAAGAAGAAGAAACACCUUUUUGGGUUACGGAUCCGCUUCCCUCCGGGCCCUCAGAACUCUGAGUCUCUGUCGGACAGGGAACAGGAAAAAGCUUCACAUGAGAUUAAGAUUAAGGGCAGGAAGUCCAUGAAGCCUCCUCAUCCAUACAGUACGGUCACCAACGGAGCGGUGAAGAAAGGUAAGAGGAAGCAUCGCUCACACUCGAUGGAGACGCUGGCCAAGCUGAGACGAUCAGAAGAGCUUCUGGCUCAAAAUCACACGAGGUUCCCGACCGCCGAGAACGACGCGCUGGACGUGACCGCGUCUAAAAGCGUCAGAGCCGAAAAGUCCGCGCCGUCGUCGAGUACCUCGGACGCCGACUCCGUUAGUGCCACCGCUAUGAGUGAAACUACCUCAACUAGUGUAUCCAGUCUCAGUAGCUCCAGCAGGACUCUGGUUCUUCAGCCCCCAGUGAAGAGGGGUCGAGGACGUCCGAGACGAGCGCUGCAGCCCCCGAACCCCGAGAUUCCACCACCUCUGCAGCCCGAGCCCACGCCUUCUCCCACACCUACACCCCUCUCACGCUUCCCCCCGACCUCCAUUACCCAGGGCCUGGAGUCGAGCACUCAGCUCAACCUCCUCAGGAACUCCAUCAGCAGCUAUUUUGGCGCGGCCGGGCGCAUGGCGUGUGGCGAGAAGUACCGCGUCCUCGCGCGCCGCAUCACUGACGACGGCAAAGUACAGUACCUGGUGGAGUGGGAGGGUGUCACCGCCUCCUGAGCCUACACACACACACACACACACACACACUUCAGAACUGUGCUGUUUGUGUGGUGAGGUAAGUGGAGCAAGAGUGUGUCAUUAUCUCGAGUUUGCUGACUUACCCUCACACACUUAUAUACACUCACACACUCACGUGUGUGUAUCGAAUGUGCCAUUCAGUUUCACACUCUUCAGCUUUUUUUUUUUACUAACGUUCGUGUCAUUCCGCGAGAGUGAUUUAAAACUGUGCCUCUUACAUUACGUUUUAAUAAACAAAUAAAUAAAUAAAACACACACAAAAAAACCGCCUGCCUUGUAGGUUCUAGAUACCACACGGUGCCACACAUCAGACACGUCCUUGACUUCCUGUCCCACCUUCUAACCGCAAACACACACACGUUCUCAGAUUAUUUUUAGACCAGUUGUACUUCUAAGUACGUAAACUCUGUGAACUCCCCAUCUUCCUUCCACGUCUUUUGUUUCUCGGUGUUUAAAAUGAGCAGGAGAUCCUACACGAAACACGGUUCUUCCAAGCCGUAAACAGGAACUUGACGGCGAAUAAAAACGCAUCAUUAUUACUCUUAACGCUUUCAACUCGAGGCUGAAGUUAACGGAACGUUUCUUGUUAUUUUGGUGGAAAUGCGAAAGGACGUGUUCGUAAAGCAUUUAACGCGAAUUUGUCAUCGAGGAAAAACGCGUCGCCGCCGUGCUCCUGAUGUGUAAAAAAUAAAUACAUUAAAUAAAUAAAUAAAAAUCCGAUGCUGUUUGCUGCUGCAGAUUUAAAGUAUUGUAUUAUUAUUUUAAUUUUUUUUCUGGACAAGAGAACGGCUUUCAGUUCGAUAGGGCACAUUUCUCACUUUCUUUCUGUUUAAAGCGUACGUUUUAUAUAAACUCCGCCCAUCUCACGUCGUGCGUUAAGUUCGUUUUUUUUUUUUUUUUUUUUUUUUUUCCGUGACGUUCAGACAGAAAUUCUUCUUCCCAAGACUGAUUCUUUGUUUUAAGCUAUCGAUGGCAUUAAUCCUGGGGCGGGGGUUUUAGAUUCAUGGGUGUGGUUACUGAGAUCCAUGGAUUUAUUUUAUUGUUUCUUUUAACCCCUUUUUUUCCCCCUCAUUUAUUUCUGGAAUUUAUUUUCCGCUUUGAGACGUCAGACACAGCUUCCUUCGCGUGACACAGGGACGUCUCCGUCAGAGGACAGAACUUUCCUGGACUUGCUGUUGGACAUUAUGUUGAUGAUGUACAGUAUGCACAGUAUUAGAAGCUCAAGGAUCUUUUAUUUUCGUAGCGCCUUCGGUUUUCUUUUCGUCCUAUGCAACACGAUAUUCAAAUGAGCUCUGUGACUGUUUGUUUCUUUUGUUUGUUUGUUUGUUUUUUUUGUUCAUCUGCUUCAGGAAAAUAAAACAGCAAUAUUUUUCUUACGAUCUCUCUCAGGCUUUUUUUUUUUUUUUUUUUUUUAAGGUUUCAGUGCAAUUUAUUGCUUCUGGAGGGGGAAAAAUCUGUUGCGUUCUUUCACGUCUUUCACUUUCCCCCUUUUUUUUUUUUUUUUUUUUACUCACAAUGCCGUGCUGAUAGCUGUGCGAUCAGAUUUUGCUCGUACUUCAUCUCUGGUUCAGGAGAUCGAUGCAGCAGCGCUUUACUACCUUUCGGCUCUCUCUCGCACCUCACCGCUCAAACAGAUCGGCUUCUGCUUCCACGGCCGGUUCUGGGACUUUUGAGUUUGCCGUUUUUGCCCUGACGUCGUCACGAAUCGGACUGUUCCGGACUUUGCUCUUAAUAAAAGAUGGGUGAGAAAUGAAGUGCUGACCGUCAUCUCUAUUUACGUUCAACGAUUUUCUGACUUCAUUGCUAGCAACUUCAUCAUCAUCACACAACCUCAGGCUUCUCACAGAAUUAAAACACCACACCAAAAGACACGUGAGCAGCAGAAUCUUUCGACCCAUCACGGAUAUCAGGAUCUAAACACUUUGCGUGCGUUCCACAUAAACGUGCUGUGAUUCGUAGGCGUGCUGUAGCUCAGGGUUGGAGCGCCGUGUUCGCAGCAUUUUGUUUCUCUUGUAGCAUUAAGUGCUGAAUUUCUGAGACUUUUUUUUUCCCCUCAGUUCAGACUUUUGCUUUGUUUGUUCAUUUGUUUUUAUACCGAAUUCCCUGAGGUUAUGUUUUUUUGUUUGUUUGUUUUGUUUUUUUAAAUAAAAAAGUGUUCAUGACCCACUCAUCUCUGAGUGCCGACUUGAUCGGCACACUCUUUUUUUGUUUUGUUUUGUUUUUUUUCCCUCGAUCUCAACACUGAUACCUCUUUUUAUUCCAGUAAAUGAUCUGUAUGAACUGUUUCUUACUUGCUGUACCAGAACUACAUCCAUACAGCUUUGCUUUGGUUUUUGUUUUUGUGUUGUUGUUUGUUUUUUUACUGGCUUUGAGCAGGCUUCUGUAGCCAAAGAAUAAAUUCAUCAAAUUUAAAA